AUGAGUUCGCACUUAGUGACGGCAGGAGACGUGAACGAGACGGCCGACGGGAUGCGGGAGCUCGUUCAUGUCACCGAGAACGCCCUGGCCCGUAGCGACGCGAUCGAGACCAUUGACGAGGCGCUCUAUAGCCGUCAACUCUAUGUGAUGGGGCGCGAGGCGCAGCUGCGCAUGGGCGCGUCCAACGUCCUGAUCAUUGGCCUCAAUGGCCUCGGCGUGGAAAUCGCCAAGAAUGUCAUUCUUGCGGGGGUGAAGAGUGUCACUCUCCACGACGACCUGCCCGUGUCGAUGCUUGACUUGGCUUCGCAGUUUUAUCUGUCCGAGGCAAGUGUUGGCAACCCACGCGCUGCGGCAUCCCUGAAGAAACUGGCCGAGCUGAACCCCUACGUGUCUGUCCGUUGCCACAGCGGCGAGAUUACAGAGGACGUGCUACUGGACUUUCGGGUGGUGGUUCUCGUUAAUGCCUCGCUGAAAGAAGCGGUGCGGAUUGACAAGUUGUGUCACGCACACUCGAUUGCAUUCAUUGCAACCGAAGCGCGAGGUGUCUUUGGCUCGGUUUUUUGCGACUUUGGGGACGAAUUUAUUGUGGCCGAUCAAGAUGGUGUCGAGCCUGUCAGUUGCCUGAUCUCGUCUAUUUCCAACUCGGCUCCUGCUUUGGUAACUGUGAAUGAUGACACACGUCACGACUUAGAAACGGGAGAUUUGGUCUCGUUUCGGGAAGUGGUGGGAUUUCCAUUCUUGAACGACAGCAAGCCGAGAAAGGUGACUGUCACUGGCCCGUUCACGUUCACAUUGGAUGCCAUCGAUGAUGACGACAAGAGGCGCUUCGAGCUAGGGCGUCCGUCCACAGGUGGCUACGUCACCCGAGUGAAGCAGCCCCUGGUGACUAAGUUCAAAACCUUAGAGAAAACACUUGCGGCGCCCGGAGAGUCCUUGGUCAGCGAUUUCGCCAAGCUGGGUCGUUCCGAGCUCCUUCACGUGGCAUUUCAAGCAUUGGAUGCAUUCCGGGAGAAACAUAACGGUAACAACCCUAAGCCAGGGUGCAUGCAAGAUGCGGAAGAAGUGUGCACUCUCGCUUUUGAAAUCAACAAGCAAUGUGCUGCAAGUAACCAGUUCAGUGUCGAGAAUAUUGAUGCUGCUGAUUCGAAGACGAUUAUAUGUGCACUCGCAGCUGGCGCCACUGGUGUGAUCUCGCCGAUGGCAGCUUUUCUAGGAGGCGUUGUUGGCCAGGAAGCUCUCAAAGCCUGUAGCGGCAAGUUCACUCCAAUCCAGCAGUUUUUCUACUUUGAUGCGGUCGAGUGUCUUCCAGACGCCGUAUUCGCUGGCAACACCGAUGAGUUCGCCCCCACCGGGUCUCGGUACGAUGGUCAGAUUGUCGUGUUUGGCCGGAAGGUUCAGGACGACAUUAAGGGCCUGAACAUGUUUCUUGUGGGUGCCGGUGCGAUCGGGUGCGAAAUGCUGAAGAACUGGGCGAUGAUGGGCGUGGCAUCUAACGAGAAUGGCAUCAUCCAUAUCACGGACAUGGACACCAUCGAAAAGUCAAAUCUGAACCGGCAGUUUUUGUUUCGCUCGAAGGAUGUACAACAAGCGAAGUCGUCCGUUGCUGCUCGAGCCAUCAAGGCAAUGAACCCGGACAUCAACGUACAAGCUUACGUGUCUCGCGUUGGCAGUGAAUCCGAAGGUCAGUUUAAUGACGACUUCUUCGAGUCACUCUCUGGUGUGUGCACGGCACUCGACAAUGUAGAGGCACGUUUGUACAUGGAUCAACGCUGUUUGUUCUACGGUCUCGCAAUGUUUGAAUCUGGAACGUUAGGAACGAAGGGUAAUACGCAGAUUGUCGUUCCGCACAAAACCGAGAACUAUGGCGCGUCUCGGGACCCUCCUGAGAAGAGCAUCCCGAUUUGCACACUAAAGAACUUCCCCAAUGCAAUCGAACACACUCUUCAGUGGGCGCGUGAUUGGUUCGAGGGCGAAUUUUUCCAGGCGCCGUCAGAUGCUAAUCGUUACUUGGAGGAGCCGACAUUUUUGAAAGGACUUGACGAGCAGCAAAAUACGAAGUUGGAAACGCUCGAAAGGCUGAAAAGCUCGCUGGUGGACGAUUGCCCUAAGUCAUUCGAAGACUGUAUUUCAUGGGCUCGCUUCAAGUUUGAAGAUCUUUUUAGCAACCAGCUCAAACAGCUCUUGUACAACUUCCCUCUGGAUCAGUUGACGACGUCGGGAACUUCCUUCUGGUCUGGACUAAAGCGACCGCCGACGCCAAUUUCUUUUGACCCAAACGAUGCGCUGCACAUGGACUUCAUCGUGUCGGUUGCAAAUAGCCGUGCGAAAAACUAUUGCCUCAAGGGACACACGGACAGAGACACAUUUGUCAAAGUCCUCGCCGGCAUACACGUUCCGGAGUUUGCGCCGAAGAAAGGAGUGAAGAUUGCAGCCUCUGAUGCCGAACUGAAGGAGGGUAAUGCUACGACAGGGCUGGUAGAUGUCGACGCUCAGAGCGAAUUCAUCUUGAAGAAAUUGCCAAGUCCCUCGACCCUUGCCGACUACCGCAUGCAGCCGGUCGAGUUUGACAAGGAUGAUGACUCCCACAUGGAGGUUGUUGCGUCUGUCUCCAAUUUGCGUGCACGGUCGUACAAGAUCCCGGAGGAAGACAUGCACAAGUCGCGUUUCAUUGCCGGCAAGAUUAUCCCGGCUAUCGCCACUACGACAGCACUAGUGACAGGACUCGUGUGCUUUGAGUUUCUGAAGGUCUACCAAAACAAGCCACUGACGGAUUACAAGAACGGGUUUGUGAAUCUGGCUCUGCCCCUCUUCACUUUUGCCGAGCCGGUUGAGCCUAAGUCGACCAAGACGAUGCUGAAGGGCAAGGAGUACAAGUGGACAGCGUGGGACCGUCUUGAAGUGGAUCAAGGCGAUAUGACGCUGAAGGAUUUUUUGACCUAUUUCGAGAACCAGUACGACGCUGAGGUCACCAUGCUAUCGUACGGCGUCACGAUCCUGUACGCAAUGUACUCGCAGAAGUCUCGAUCGAAGGAGCGCAUGGCGAUGACGAUCUCGGACCUUGUUCGCACGGUGACGAAGAGGCCUGUUGAUCCCAAGCUAAAGUAUCUCAUUCUGGAGGUGUGUGCCAUGGAUGGCGAUGGCGAGGAUGUGGAGCUCCCGUAUCUGCGCUAUCACUAUAAGCAGCAAAAGUAG